CACUGACUGAAGUGAAGACUGUGCUGUAGAAAUUUAUUGUUGAUCAUGUAUUUAUUAAUAUUUUCCCAAAUAUGAGAUUUAAUAAGCAAGAACUUGUUACAAUCGCUUCUCAGACUCCUCAAAAUUUUGAUAGAGAAGGUAUAUUGGUGUUAAAAGAACGGCAAGAUGGGUUUUUUCGAAGGGCAGAGGGAUAUUCAGCACGUUGGUUUCGCCUCCGAGGCAACCUGCUGUUCUACCUGCGAGGCUCGGAGCAGCUGUCGGAGCCGAUGGGCGUGGUGGUCCUCGGCCGGCACCAGGUCAAGGUACAGCCCCAGGACGAAAACGGACACUGGCCUUUCCAAAUAGUUUGGGAUAAUGGUGUGUGCUACCGGAUGGCUACAUUCCUGGAAUCGGAACGCACACUAUGGCUGAAGGCUAUUCAGUCAGCACCCUACGAUGUCUUGAAGACUCAAAUAGCCACCUUAAAAGAGAAGCUGAGCAAAGUGCCUCCUGUACUACAUAUAUCUAAAUGGAGGGAACAAAGGGGUAUAGUUUUAGAUAUGAAUGAGAUCCCUCUGUGUGAGCUGGCUCUAUCCUGUGACAACCUGCUCUGUGAUUCGCACGGACGGCCACCAUCUCCGAUGAUAGCUGUCAACAUCACCUUCGCUAAGGGACUCUGUGUGCGAUAUGGAAACACGGAAAUUGUAGAUACAUGCAGUAAUCCUUCAUUUUCAAAGACAAUACUCUUCAGGCCGUGCGACGGUUUAAACAGUGAUACUCUGGUGAAAAUUAUAGUUUAUGAUGUGAAAGAAAAGGUAUCAGAAACCAUGGUACCCAUGGGGUACACAUCUGUACCACUUAGCACAAUACAGGAAGCCCAAAGACUAAGGAUAGCUUUAACAAACUACAACAAGAAAACAGUUGGCUUCAUCACUCUGAAUGCCUGGAGUCUGGAGCCGUCAUACAUCGGCACGAGCCCGACUCACUGUACUGACAGGAAUAGUGUGGACAUACCGCAGAAGGUGCUCUGUCAUCGACGGUCGCAGUCCCUACCGCCUCGGCUUGGACUCAAGAUGAAGUUCCCGUCAGUGAACACAGUGAUGCGUCAGAACUUCUGUCUGGGCGAGCACGCGACGUACCGCUUCCACUCGGGGCUCGGAGGCGACAUCACCGUGCACGAGGUCUGCGCGGAGCCGCGGGCCUGCUUCCUCGUGCCCACCGCCAUGCUAGACAUCUUCAUAAAGCGCGAGAAGGACCUCCUCCACGAGAUGCUCUCAAUCGGGGAGAUGAACGGGCAGUGGAAGAGCAAGCAACUAGGGCUGGUGCACUGCCAUAUUGCGCUGCUGAAGCACUACUGGCAUGCGAAGAGAACGCUUCUGAGCCUGCCGGCUAGUGUCACCUUCAAACAGAGCUGUAGGAAAGACGAGGUCGGACUAGAGUUCGCGCCCGUGAACCUGCACCUGCAGCGCAUGUGGGUGCACAACGACACGCUGAGCCGCAGCGGCGUGCACCACGCGGUCACCGCCGGCGCCUUCACCGCGCACCGCGACGCGCGCAGCGGCGGCCUCAUCAGAUUGGUGCAACAAGUGAAAGACAUAAACAGCACAAAGGCAGCGUUCAACUCGGCCACGGCAAGCAAGAUACAAGCAGAUUACGACAACAUAGUUCUCGCGAAGAAACUUCGAGACGAAAGCGCGCAAAUCAUUGACAAAAUGGCGGCAGAAUUAGAAGCAAGAACUGACAUUUCUGAGUCCCUAGAAUUGUUGGUCGGCAAGACGAGGAGUUUGAUGCAACUGUGGAAUAAAAGUGCGGUGGAUGAGGCACUUUCGUUCGUACGGUGGCACAAGGCGAAAGAGAAUGGAGUCGUCGACGGGAAAACACAGCCAUCCACAAUACAGCGACUGACAGAGCAACUUUCAAAAUUCGAACAACUGAACGCCGACAGCGAAUCUUUCGACGCGUCAAGUUGCAGUUCGAAAGACGCCUCUCCCUGCGCCGAAGCCCCGCCCCUUUCCGCCAGUGUCCCCAACAUAAGCAACAAUAAAACCACAACGAACGUUUUCAAAGAUGGAACGAUAAAAGAAGGAGACGAGUUGCAGUUCCAUAACGAUUAUUUUGAAUCUGGAAGCGAGGUCGUGGAUCGUUCUAGAACGAGCGUGCAGAAUCGAUCGUUCAAUCGGCUCGACCGUCACCCGAAGCCCGAGUUCAAGAGUUCCACUUCCCUGGAGCUGGUGUCGUACAAGAGUCUCAUGAACGAUGCAGAGCCCAGGAAUGGUCAGUCCCCGCUCCCGUCUCCGCUCCCCGCUCGCGCCCCCGCCCCCGCCGCCGCCCCCUGCGAGCUCGAGGCCGCUCUGGCAGCCGUGGUGGACGCCGGCCAGCGGUGUAAGGGUGAUGCUGACUCAUCAGACGCAGCCUCCGCUCUCCUAUCCCACUGCUCCACGCUCCUCGACCGCGCACAGUGGCUGGCGGCGCGGCUGGGGGUGUCCCACGCCACGCUGCGGCUGCGGCACGAGGCGCCCGCGUGGACCCGCGCCGCCGCCGAGCUGCAGCUGCGCCGCGACUGCUGCUUCACGCAGGCCCUAACAACAGCGAUCACCGGGCUCGUCUGCUGGCUCUCCACAACGGCCACAGACAUCAUCGUGAAGCUCCUGACCUCGGGUCUGGGCCCUCUGUGCGGGUUCGAGGGUUUGCUCAGCCUGUACCUGGCAGAGAAGACCAUGUGGGGCGACAUGGUGGUGGCCAUCGAGGACUUGCAGACUGUGCUCUUCACGCUGGUCAAGAGCUCGCAGAGCCCCACCGGAAUCCCACAAGUGUCGGGGACGCGCGGCGCGGUCAUCGUGCACGUCCCCGUGUCUGACUCACUCUACAACAAGUUCACUAACAAACAGCACCUGUCAUUCACUUUGACGUGCGUGUUCUUCAACAUGGGCAUCAACGAGAAGGCGACGGCGGCGGCGGCGCUGGGCGAGGACCGGCCGCAACACCAGUCCAACUGCGACAACCUCGGUCGGCUCACCACCUACUACCACCACUAUAGGAAGACGCACCCUGCCCGAGCGUCGUCCCCCCGCUGCAUGCCGCUAGAGGAGGUGAUGGAGGCGCUGCGCGCGGCGGUGACGCGCAAGGCGUCGCGCGACCCCGACGUACUACUGCUAGCCGCCGCCGCCACCAGACAGAUGAACGGGAUCAGAUUCACGUCAUGUAAGAGCGCUAAGGACCGCACCGCCAUGUCGGUGACGAUGGAGCAGAGUGCCAUCUUGGCAGAGCAGUACCAUCUAGCCGACACCGAGAUCGGCAAGGCCAAGGACAUACUGAGGAGUGAGGGUUGCCGCCGCGACAACACGUUCAAGAACAUCGGCGUGCGUAAGUACGCGUUCACUAAGCGUCAAGUGGCAGCCCUGCCGGCGGAUUACCGCCCCCCGCCCGGCACCUACGGCUCGCACCACACGUGAGAAUACGGCCGAGUUGGGAAGUAAUGUUACUGUUAUUAUGUUUAUAUUGUAUUGUAUAGAUUUAUAAAUUGUGCCGGUAAAGGACUUCGCACAUUAUAACAACUCACCGGUGACUCGACUCUAUGCUAGACAUUGAUAUUUAAGCCCUGUGUCAUAUGUUCAAGGUUUAAUUUCAAAAAAUGAUUAUAAAGUAGUGUACAACGAGUGGCCAACGCAUCGUACACUAAAAGUCUAGAAAAACUAAAGGAGUGUGAGUAGAGGUGCUGCCGCGUUGGCGUGGAGUUGUUUUAAUGUGCGAAGACCCUAAUGGUGACGCGACAGGGAUAGGUCCCUAUAAAGUAUAUUGGUAUCAAAAGCCAAAAAGUUUCACACAGGCUGACGAAAAUGGGUAUGGGUAUGUUAUUAUGUUUAUAUAAUAUAUGUAGAUUUAAAAAUUUAGCUGAUAAUGUGGAUGCGUCAGGGAUGUCUCUAUAAAGUAUAUUAGUAUCAAACACCACAAAGGUUCUUAAAUACAGUCUGAUGAAAAUGUAGUGCAGAAUGACGAGGAGUCACCCCUUAUCGUGACUUAUCAGGUGAGUAUAUAAUUAUAUUAUGUACAACGAGCGGGUGGCUCGCUUGCGAGUUACAUCUGACUAACCCUUCAGGGAUUACAGUCUUGAGCAUAAUUAUGUAUGUAUUUGUACUCAUUUAUGAAAUCGUCACCAGACUCCAGGCGGAUAACUUGGAUGCACAAUACAGAAUGUGUAAACAUUGUUUAUAGUUAAAUAUUUAUUAUGUAGGUGUAUCCUCAACUUAGUAACUCAGAUGUGUUAACGAAAGGGGUAAAUUGUUGAGGCUAGCAUCAUAAAUGGUAUAGUAACUGAAAUGAUUAUGUACUUAGUAUAAUAGUGGUUGUUAUUUUAACAUUACUCAUUAGAGGUUUAGGGAAAAGCAAAUUAAAUGGACUUAUACAAUAUAUAAAACAAGUGCCAUAUAUCGAGAUAUAUAUUCAAAAAGUGACCAUAAAUAUGAAAAUAAGCGCGCUUAUACAUCAAUAAACUGAUAUAUUUAUUAAUGUUGUUAUUGUACUUGAUUUUUAAAAAGUACUAAUGAUUAAUUUUGACAAUUACAAAUAUUUUAAUGUUAAUAUAUAAUUAUAAAAAUCCGUAAUACAAUAAAAUCAGGAACACCAAUAAUUGCCAACGCAUUUGUGUCAAAUACUUAUUAAUAUAUAAAUUUAAGUAGUUUAGGUCAAUAAAACCGCCAAUCAAAGUAUAUAAUAGGUAUAUAAUAAUGAUUUGUACAGCUUUUUUGGAGGUAUAAUACUCAUCCGCCAAAUAAUCAAAAUAUAUGUUAUUACUUACCCCUUUUACAGGAAAAUUAUUUACUUUUGUUGAUGUCGUGCCAAUGAAUUAUUCACAAUAGUUAAAAAAAACAGUAUAAUAUAUUUUCGAUAUGACAUAAUUAUUUCAUAAUAUUCUUAUUUCUUUAUUCAAUUUUAAUUUUGCUUUUUUAAUUUACAUUUGAUUAGUUUAAGAUUGUGGAUCAUCAACAUCACAUAAUAAUUAUGUAUAUUUAGGGUUUUAAUUCAGUUAUUAUAUUAAUAAUCAUUAUAUUUAAGUCUUCCCUUUGUAACUGCACAAAAUUUAAAGUUAAAUAUAUAACAACUUGGAUGGACUCAAGAGAGUAAUAAGGUUUUUACCAAUAUGUAGGUAAAUAGAGAAUAGAGUAAUAUGGGACUUUUAGCAUCGUUUUAAUAUUUAUAUGUCAGUAGUUUGAGUAUAGUUGCAAUGAAAUCAUCAAGAUACAUUAUAUAUUUUUAAUAUGUCAGUUGUUAAAUACAUAGAAAUAAAGAAGACAGCCUUAAAUUAAAUGUACAAAUCUGUCAAAAAUAUUUCAUAAAAUCUCUUACUUUAAAAGGUUACGCAAUUCUCCAUUCUGUAUAUAUUUUUUAACAAAAUUACUCUUUAUCUUCUUUUUUGUAAAGUAUAACAUAAGUUUUUUUCCAAUACUAAUAGGCCUCUUAAAAAGAAUAGUUUUUCUAAAAAAAUCUUUAACUAAAUAUAUAAUAUCGAUCUCCGUACGUAGAACCAAUUAAAAUAGAUAUAACAUAUAUAUUUAUCAACAAUUUAAAGUUAUGUCACUUUAGCCAUAAAUUAGUAAACAAAUUAAAGCACUUUACAAUUUCUACUUCUUAUAAUACGUUAAUCCCAAUAAAAUUUACAUAUUUUAUUUUCUUUUAUGGGAUAAAAUAUUGUGUAUAUGUUACUGCAAAAUAAAUUGCAUAAACGAUCAUACUAACUACUACUGGUACACGUUACAAAAAUAUUUAUGUUCAUAUAAAAUAAUAUAAUAGGUAUAUAAUUACUUAUUUCAUUAAUUAGGUUAUGGUACUUAAUUACAUUAGGUUCACAUUUUAUCUAAGAUAAUAUUGUAAUUUUCGAAUGUAUUACAAAGUUACUAACCUGGUUCGAACCAUUUAUCUAUUGCUUG